AUGUGGCAGGUGAAGCAGGUGGGCUUGCUGGCAGCGGGCUGUCAGCCCUGGAAUAAAGACGUCUGUGCUGCUGGCGGAGACCGCUUCGCCUACUGCGCCACACUGGCCAUCUACAUCUACCAGCUGGACCAGCAGUACAACGAAUUUAAGUUGAGGUCCAUCAUGUCGGAACACAAGAAGACCAUAACGGCCAUCAGCUGGUGUCCCGACAACCUGGAUCUGAUCGCGUCUGCCUCCGCCGACAACCUGCUCAUCAUCUGGAACGUAGCGGAGCAGAAGGCAGUAGCAAGGCUGGACAGCACUAAAGGCAUCCCUGCAUCGAUCAGCUGGUGCCUGAGCUCGGCGGAUGGUGUGACUUUUGUCUCCCAUCGAGGGCCCCUCUAUAUCUGGGUCUACGGGGGCCCCGACCCAGGAGUGACGGUGCACAAAGAAGCCCAUUCCUUCCUCUCUGAUAUUUGUCUCUUCAGAUGGCAUCCCUCCAAAAAGGGGAAAUUUGUGUUUGGUCACACGGAUGGAAGUUUGUCCAUUUUCCAGCCAGGGUAUAAGAGUCAAAAGCAUGUGCUGCGUCCAGAGUCUUUAGAAGGGACAGAUGAAGAAGACCCUGUCACAGCUCUGGAGUGGGACCCUCUUUCAACCGACUAUUUACUGGUGUCUAACCUCCAUAAUGGCAUCAGGCUGGUGGACAGUGAGGCGCUGGCCUGUAUCACCACCUUCUCUCUCCCCUCGGCUGCUGCGUCUGUCCAGUGUCUCGCCUGGGUCCCAUCUGCACCGGGCAUGUUCAUCACUGGAGACUCCCAGGUCGGAGUCAUGAGAAUAUGGAACGUCUCGCGCUCCACCCCUCUUGACAACUUUAAGCUGAAGAAGACUGGAUUCCACGCUCUGCAUGUGCUCAACUCGCCUCCUGCCAAGAAGGCUCUUCGUUUCUGUUCUCCCAGUAAAAGCCUGUAUACCAGUUCCACGAGUGAGGCAGUUCCUCCCCCAACCCUGUCUCAAAACCAGUCCUUCUCUCUGCCUCCGGGUCACGCUGUCUGCUGCUUCAUGGAUGGAGGCGUUGGACUUUAUGAUAUGGGGGCCAAAAAAUGGGACUUCCUACGAGACCUGGGUCACGUAGAGACCAUCUUUGACUGCAAGUUCAAGCCGGAUGAUCCGAGCCUGCUAGCUACAGCGAGCUUUGACGGCACCAUUAAAGUCUGGGACACCAACACACUCACAGCUGUCUACACCUCCCCUGGAAACGAAGGAGUCAUCUACUCCCUGUCCUGGGCUCCUGGAGACCUGAACUGCAUUGCAGGGGCCACAUCUCGGAAUGGAGCUUUCAUCUGGGACGUCAAGAAGGGAAAGAUGAUCACGCGCUUCAAUGAGCAUGGUAAGAAUGGUAUCUUCUGCAUAUCAUGGAGCCAUAAGGACUCUAAGAGGAUUGCAACCUGUGGUGGAGAUGGAUUCUGCAUCAUCCGGAGCAUUGAUGGUAAAAUCUUUCACAAGUACAAACAUCCUGCUGCUGUAUUUGGCUGUGACUGGAGCCAGAACAACAAGGACAUGAUAGCUACUGGCUGUGAGGAUAAAAACGUUCGUGUUUAUUACCUGGCCACCAGCUCCGACCAGCCACUUAAGGUCUUCACAGGACACCAGGCCAAAGUGUUCCACGUCCGGUGGUCUCCACUGAGAGAGGGAAUACUGUGUUCCGGAUCAGACGACGGUACUGUUCGUAUAUGGGACUAUACCCAGGAUGCUUGUAUCAAUGUGCUGAGUGGUCAUACCGCCCCUGUCAGAGGAUUACUGUGGAACACAGAGAUUCCUUAUCUGCUCACCUCAGGUUCGUGGGAUUAUACAAUCAGAGUGUGGGAUACAAGGGAUGGGACGUGUCUCGAUACUGUCUAUGACCACGGAGCUGACGUCUAUGGUUUAACGUGUCACCCCAGUUGUCCGUUCACCAUGGCCAGCUGCAGCAGAGACAGCACAGUCCGGCUGUGGUCUCUGACGCCGUUCAUCUCUCCUCUGCUGCUCAACAUCCUGACUGACCAGCCCUGGGAGAAGAUCAUAGGGAACACGGACAGAGCUAUGGUCCCUGGCUCGCCCCCGCUGCUUUGUGGUAAAGUGUCCAGAGACAUCAAGCAGGAGCUGGACAAGCUGAGCUCAGACGUCAGGGUGAAGAAGCUGCGGUGGUUCUCAGAAUGCUUCUCGCCUCCAGGGGUCAGUAGCAAUCUCUGGGACUUGGUGUCAGUCGUCAAUGGCCAGGACGACUCACUACUGCCACCUAGCUAUAGCAAAGGAGUGAUGCACAUGAAACAUCUGCUAAGAUUUAAAACAUCGGAGGCUCAGGAGCUUACCAUAGUCAAGAUGUCUAAGUUUGGAGGAGGUAUUGGGGCUCCCAGUAAAGAGGAAAGGUUGAAAGAAGCAGCAGAUCUCCAUUUGAGACUGGGACAGAUCCAACGAUACUGUGAACUAAUGGUGGAGCUGGGACAGUGGGACAAGGCGCUGUCAGUUGCUCCGGGAGUUUCGUUGAAGUAUUGGAAGAAGCUCAUGCAGAGGAGAGCUGACCAGCUGAUGGCUGAGGAUAAUGAUGACGCCAUCCCAUACUGCAUUGCCACAGGGGACAUCAAGAAGUUGGUGUCAUUCUUCACCGGCAGAGGACAACUGAAAGAGGCCCUGCUGAUAGCACAGGGAGCAUAUGAGGGCAACAUUCAUGGACCACAGAGCUCCACCAACAACCAUAUGAACAAUGACAUGGACAGCAGACAGCAAUAUCACGAUCUCCUCUGCAGGGUCUCCAAAGAACUGGCUGAGUGGUACUUCCAAGACGGCUGCUCUGUCCUGGCAGCGUGCUGCCACCUAGCCGUAGACGACAUUGAGUCAGCAAUGUCCAGUCUGAUCCGUGGUAAUGAGUUGGAGUUGGCCGUGUGUGCGGGAGUCGUGCUUGGAGAAACAGCCAGUCAGGCCACGGCGCACUGCCUGGAGCUGCUGGCCAGGAAGUACCUGACCACCCCGACCUGGCAGUUGUCGGUAGACCUGCUCAGCAUGAUCCCUGACAACCAUCUCCUGCUAGCCAAGCUGUGUGCAUUUUACCCCGGGAGUACAAAUGAAGUUAACCAGUUACAUGAGAGGUGUGGUCUCCCGGUGUUGGAGGAGUGUAAGGCCUUGGCAGAGGCGGCCAUGGCCGAGGGAGAUUUGUUUUCAGCUGUUAAAUUCCACCUACUGAGCUCUGAACCAGAGGAUGCUCUGAGAAUUGGCAUUGAACAUGUCAAAGAGCAGCUCGGAGGCUCCGAGUGGACGGUGGACGGCGUCCAGCCCAUCUUGGACCUGCUCAGUUACAUCAGAACAGAUCGCCUUGUCUUGGCCAAGUUGACCGAAGUCCGUAGUGAGCUGUUGAUCCUGUGUGGCUACAUUGGAGCGCUGCUGGCCAUUAGAAGACAGUACUGCAGCAUUGUACCUGCUCUGUAUGAAUACACCAGUCAGUUGCUGAAGAGGAAGGAGGUGUGUGUUCCUCUGAAGAUAGAGCAGCUGUCUGUAGAGCUGGACGCCUGGAGGGCCUGUGCACACACCCACACCAAGUGUGUGUAUGAAGCUCCCGGCGUUCCUCCUUCAGAAAGUCAAAGGGCGGAGUUUGCCUGCUUAGAAAACAGACUCCAUCCUCAAAACACUGCAGCAUUACUUUUGGAUGGUCCGGACUAUGUGACGGGCUCCAACCUGCCCAGCCACUCAGACGUUCAGCUCUCCUGUUUCACAGGACACCGAAUCCAGGGUCCAGUGUUUUUCCUGGAGGACGGUAAAUCGGCCAUCUCCCUCAAUGAUGCCCUCAUGUGGGCUAAAGUCAACCCAUUCUCACCGCUGGGAACGGGGGUCCGCAUCAACCCCUUCUAA